AUGAUCGAACUCCUCCGCACUCAUCGGGUACCUGGGAUGGACCCGAUAACCAUGCUAACGGCCCUUGCACGAUUCGUUAUCAAAGCCCUCGCCCGGGCACGGCGCUAUUGCCCGCGUGGUAUGCGCGGCCGACACAAUCUCAUCUCAAAGGCCAGGCUAAACUGCCAGUCUCGAACCCCCCAUCAGCACUGUAUACCCGUUAUUCUGGAACUCCGCACUGGGUACCUGCAGCGACAGACAAGUAUAAUGCUGGAACCGCAUGCCACGAUGGACAUAAGAUCUGUAUACAAUUACUACAUUAGGAAAUACACAUAUACACGUACUGGCGCCACGCCCACAAUGGAUCGGGAAACCGUAAUAUACAAUGGUAAAGUAACGAUCCGCCCGCUGGAGACAGAGACUUGGAGGAGUCUGGAGGAGCUCCAGCCACCGUCGCGAGACGAUGGUCCGCGAAAACUCGCCAAUACCUGGUGGAGCGUGGCAAAACGUUCUCGAAACCGCCUCCGACGGUCCAAUCACGCUCUGUCUUCCCUUGCCAAGCCGCUGGAAGCGCCCCCGACACCGGCCAUGGCCUUGGUGCUGGCGUCGGGGCUUUUCAGUACGACGGUGUAUGAUCGGUCACGAUUAGUCGCGUGA